AUGUAUUUCUUCCUGAGCACCUUGUCCUUGGCUGAUGUUUGCUACCCAACAGUCAUCAUUCCCAAGAUGUUAGUGAACUUCCUGUCCGAGGCAAAGACAAUCUCCUAUGCUGAAUGUCUGGCACAGAUGUAUUUCUUCCUGGUCUUUGGAAUAGACAGUUGGCAUCUCCUGGCAGCUAUGGCCACUGACCGCUAUGUAGCCAUCUGUAACCCCUUCACUAACUAUGUCACUGUUAUGAACCACAGAUCCUGUAGGUUGCUUCUGGCCUUCUCCAUAGCUGUCUCCCACCUCCACUCCCUCCUACAUGUCCUCCUGGUGAAUCGGCUCACCUUUUGUGCAUCAAAGGUUAUCCAACACUUUUUCUGUGAUGUCAACCCUGUUCUGAAACUGGCCUGCUCUCCUACCUCUGUCAAUGAAGUUGUGGCCAUAACAGAAGGGCUGGCCUCUGUGGUGGCCCCGUUUGUCUGCAUCAUCACCUCUUACCUAAGAAUCCGCACUGCUGUCCUCAACAUUCACUCAGCCGCGGGAAAACACAAGGCCUUCUCCCCCUGCAGCUCCCAUCUCACUGGGGUGACCCUGCUUUAUGGGACCAUUAGCUAUGUCUAUUUCCAGCCCUGUCCCGCUAUACUGUCAAGGACUGAAUAG